UUCAAAAAGCUCCCAACGUCUCCUCGUGAGAACUUCGGACUGUGUGUACUUUCAUUGUGACUCGAGAAACGGACGAAGACGACCGAGGUGGGUACAGACGUUGUUGUUGUUGAUCGGGACACCUAUCCCUAUCCAGACCUCGUCUCACCUGAGCUCGACAGGACACUCGGAAAUGUCCAUGGAAAGCUAUUCAGCGUUGGAUGAGCCCUCUCUCCGAGCUUUGCUGGAUGGAACUGUGGAUCUGGACGAGAGGCGCUGCAUCCGUUCAGCCAUCCGGGAGCUGAGGAGGAGGGAGAUUGAGGACAUGGAGGCAGCUCUGGCUAGCAAGAGAUUUCGACCCACACGCCUCAAUCAGCAGGAGGACAAGGAGAACCAGCACAGGUCAGAAUCCAACGAGAACUUGGAUGGGCUGAAACAGAAACUGCAAUCAAUCCGGGACAUCGACGAGCUUCAGCAAAUGCUCAACGCAGCCAGCGAGUUCAAGGAGAGGAGAAUGAUCCGAGCGGCCAUUCGGCAAGUUCAAGAGGAGCAGCAGCAGGUGGUCGUGGAGAGGGGGAAGACUUCUGGCUUGGAGCCUGAGGGUGUGCAGUCCCAGAGCAGCAUGGGAACUGGGGAGACUGAGAAGGAGAGCCGCAGUGAGCGUAUCCGAUCUCAGAUCUGGGAGUUAAGCAGCCAGCAGACACAACAAAACAGAGAGCAACAGAGAAUAGGUUCCAACUCAGGGAUGGUGUUGGUUCUGGAUCACCUGGUAAAGGAUGAUGGACCUCUGUUGAUCCAGCCUCAGCGAGAAGCUGUGACCAAGGAGGCCGACCUGGUUAUGUCUCACUGUCAGAGGUCAGACUCCUCCGAUCUUAGCGCAGCCUCGAUGCUUUCCAAGCCCAAUCUGGAUUCUGUGGCCUCAGAGAAAGGUCUGGGCUCAGCUUACAGAGCCCGGCUGGACUCUGGAGCCUCAGACAAGAGCCAGAGUUCCUCCCAGCGUGGUCGGCUGAACUCCGGGGCAUCAGACAGAAGCAUCAACUCCCAGUCCUGUGCCAGACAGAGAGUGGGCUCAGAUGUCUCGGAUUCAUGCGUCAGACCCCGUCUGGGCUCCGAGACUUCAGACAGCAUCGGCCUGUUGUCAAGGAAGCGGACGGUCUCUGGCACAUCUGAUCAGAGUGCGAGCAUGUCCUCAGAGGAGCGGGCACCAUCGGAGGAGGCGGAGGUAGCCGGGAGUGAAUCGACUUGCAGCACAGAUUCAGAAACUGACAGCAGAAGCCGAGGUUCAGCCGGCACCCAAGCUGAGUCUAACCAGGAGGAGCCUGAUGGGGCGGUUUUAUCUCGGAGAGAUCCCGUAAAUGGCCUGCUCAGCGGGAAAACUGACAUCCAGAGACAAAAGAUAACUGUGGGCAGUGACCUGUCCCGCUCUUAUGGCAAAACGAGGGAUUCUGCACCCGAGAAGAAAGCUGUUAUAUCGGAGCAGUUAAGUCGCACCACCUCUGUUCGUGAUCGAAUGCGCAAGUUUGCAGAACUUGAACAGAGUUCAAAUGUCUCAUCUUUAAAGAAAACUCCUUUGAGGAAUGGUUCCUUCUCCAGCAGCACUGGCCAUGCAAAUGUCUCCAGAGCUACCGAGCUGUUUACACACUCAGCAGCAUCCCUCAGCACAUCUGGAGACAGGCCAGCACGGUCACGUGUGGGCUCUGCAUCUGCAUCCGUGAGUCAGGUCGUGCCUCAGCCAAGAGGCGUGGCUAACAAGUCUCUGUCUUCAGCUGACCAAUCGCAGAGCUCCAUGGGUGGGAUGGGACAUCCAGCUCAAAAAGAUGCGCACGCCUCCGAUAAGUCAAAGGAAGACGGGACCCCAGGGAUAGCAGCUGGAGAAAAGGUCACCCAGGGAGAGGCAGACCCAGACAUGAAGACCUUCCUCACCAUUGAGAUCAAGGAUGGACGCACCACCACUUCCUCCUCAUCAACCACCAGUAGAGGCAACAUUAUACCCAUCACCCACAUGACCCCACGCAUCACUCCCAAUGCCCUGGUGGGGCAAAGGCAAGAGUUGACCCUCGGCCUAAGAGCCACACCAUUUAAGAUCUCUUCCUCCAGCUUCUCCUCUGGACCCUCCAUCAAGAUGGAGACGGGGCCCGUCGUCGCUUCUGAGCCAGUGUUUUCAGCGGUCUCGUCUGUCCAGCGUCACGUCCCACUCAUUCCCAAUGGCUCUGGCGCUCAAACCAAACCUGCUGAAUUCUCCGGGAAACUAACGGCUGAAAAGCUGGCUGCGAUCGAGGAUGAAGAGCUCCUCGACAAAAUGCUCGAUGAGUCAAAAGACUUUGAGGAGAGGAAGAUGAUCCGCGCAGCCAUGAGAGACCUCCGUAAAAGAAAGAGAGAGGCCAUGCUGGGAUGUACUCAAGAAGAAAUGGACCAGAGAGAAAAGGAACGCGAAACCCGCCUGCAGGAGCUCCGGCAGCAGAGAGAAGACCGGGUGCAGAAAGGUCGUGCCGGGGUCGGAGCGGGAGAGGUGGUCACGAGCAAGGUGGAGAAGUCGGCAGAUGGGUCAGCCGUCGGCCAAAUCACCAAAACGAACCGCUUUGCUCAGUCUGAUGAUGGGAGCAAAUCAACACGCAGUACUAUUGUCGAGUCCAGUUAUGUGCAGAAAACAGACAGAGGGACAGUCCAGUCAAAAUCAUUCAGCUUCACCUCUUCCACCUCCACUAACACGAGCAAAAAAAUAGGAAGUGUGUUCGACCGCGAGGACGACGCGUCGUCGCGAAGCGGCAGCGGCGGGUUGGCCGCCAUCGAGCGAAGGCAGGCGGAGAGGCGCAAGGAGCUGAUGAGGGCUCAGACGCUGCCGAAGACAUCGGCCAUGCAGGCCCGCAAAGCCAUGAUAGAGAAGCUGGAGAAGGAGGGAGGCGGCCCUGGAAAUCAGGCGGUGGCCAAGGUAAACAAAGUCCAGCGCUCCACCAGCUUUGGCGUACCCAAUGCAAACUCCAUCAAGCAGAUGCUCCUCGACUGGUGUCGUGCCAAGACCCGCUCAUAUGAGCAUGUGGAUAUUCAGAAUUUUUCAUCCAGCUGGAGUAACGGCAUGGCGUUCUGUGCCCUGGUGCACAAUUUCUUCCCCGAAGCCUUUGACUACAACUCCCUGAGCCCGAGCAACCGCAGGCAAAACUUUGAGGUGGCCUUUAGCGCUGCAGAGACCCACGCCAACUGCAUGCCUUUGCUGGAGGUGGAAGACAUGAUGAUCAUGGGUAACAAACCAGACUCCAAAUGCGUCUUCACCUACGUGCAGUCUCUGGUCAACCACCUGCGCAGGUAUGAGAUGUCCAUGGGUCGGCCCUGUGACCUCUGACCUGUUUUCGGGCUCCUCCCCCCCCCCUAACCUUCACCUGAUGAUGGCCUCUGCUCUGACAGCAGGCUGGGUCAAACAGUUGCACAUCUCUGAUGGUCGGCUUGGGGAUUGUAAGCAUGUGUGUAUGUAUCAGUUAAAAUCAGCUUAAAAUGUUUUCCGGCAGUGAUAAUGUGUGUUGCUUAUUCUGGACACACACACACUGUCGACACAAAAGUCCAGUAAGAGAUCAGCAGCAGCAUGAUUCUUAAAAAGACCCCUUUGUUUUAAAAAAAAAACAAAAAACUCCAAGUAAUAUUCAACAGGCAGUAGUUUGAUCACAUUGCUGUUGUACUGAGAAACGGCUCAAGAGAGAAAAAAGAAAAAUAGUUUUCUAGUAUUUGCAGUUUUUUGCAGUAUUUGUACGUGCGUUUUUCUCUGCUACACUUUUGUAAGUACUGUAAUGUGUUUGCACUUCUCUCAGUAAUCUCACUGAAAAAGAAAAAACUUAUUAUUUCUAUUCAAUUUUGGUACUUUUACUUUUUUUUUUAACCAAACUCAUGUUGCUUGAAGUGUUUUAAUUAAGUUAUUUUCAUUUUGAUGUAAUUGAUGAGUAUAAGGAUUCUUAUUACGUGAGCACAGGGAUUUUCUGCAUUUGUUAUUCAAAUGGAUUCAACAUCGUUGCUGUAAUCUCACUUUUCUGAAGUCCAAACAGCUACUGAGGACAUUUACUGGACAUUUGAUCCAUCCUGUAUGACCACACCACCACCACCAUCAUCAUCAUCACCAUCAUAUAAGUAUGGAUGAAAGAUGCUAGCUGUUAAACUGAGGUUUGGAUUUUUUUUGUAUUUCGGUACAAAGAAGUCAUUCAGCUGAUUUGUGUCAUUACUGGCUGUUUGGUGGACAGCACACACACACCUCCCACCACCGCUGCAUUGCCCUGCCACACACAUUCUCACACAGCUGUUAGAGGGCUCCUUAUUUAUGCUUGAGUAGUUUUUAAUACGGUUAACGCUGGUGUGCACAUCGUGCUUUUAAAAGGUUUUGUCGAUAAGCUUAAGAUGCCACAAUGUUAUUUUUUCCUGUGUGAAAGCCGGCUUUCAGUACAAACAUGAGGAUUCAUGACUGAUAACCAGCCAACUGUAUAUUUAACUAAAUGUAGCUAAGAGGAAACGGGACAAAAAUAAUUUUAAAUGAAUAUUUUAUUUCACUUGUAUAAAAUUUGGGUUUCUACGAGAAGAAAAUUUGGUUUCAGAGUUGAUUUAAAAGAAGCUUAUUUCUUAGAUUUGAGAGAUUAUUUGAGAACUAUCUGCUGCCGACAGAAAAAAAGCUUUCAUGAAGCAGUGGAGUAUUGUAUGCGUGUAUGUGUGUGUGUAUAUAUAUGAGAGCUAAAACACAUUAUUUCAU